AUGCUAUGCAUAAUCUUUGGGUUGUCGCUGCUCGAUCGGACAAACAUAUCGUCUGCGUACAUUGCCGGUCUCGCGAAAGAUCUGCAGCUCAGUGUUGGGGCGAGAUACAAUAUUGCGCUCCUUGUGUUCUUUAUAGGCUAUGCCUUGUUCGAACUGCCAUCCAACUAUGUGAUUCGUCGACUAGGAGCGCGGUUAUGGCUGUCUUUUCUUAUCGUUGCAUGGGGAGCUUGCGUUUUCGGGAUGGGCUUUGUUUAUAGCUGGAAGGUAUUGACUGUUCUUCGUGCGCUUCUGGGUGUCUUCGAGGCUGGGUUGUUUCCUGGCGCCGUCUACAUCAUAGGUUCGUGGUACAAGCAAUUUGAGACGGCGAAACGAGUAUCGGUCUUCUACAUGGCAGCGUUGCUAGCAUCCGGAUUCGGGCCCAUUUUUGCAUACGUGCUAUCACUCAUCCGCGUAGGCGAUGGCAUGUACAGGAGCGGUUGGCGCUGGAUUUUCAUCAUCGAGGGAAUCGCGACGAUCCUUGCGGGACUUGUGGCGCCAUUUUUCCUCGUCGAAUUUCCCGAAAAGGUCAGAUUCCUGACCGAACGCCAGAAGCACAUCGCUGUGACGCGGGUCACGCUGGAGAAGAAGGGCGUGGAAACCGAACAUGCCACUAUCGGGGAGAUGCUAAAGAUGCUCAUGGACUGGAAACUGGCAGUAUAUUCCAUCCAGUACUUCGUGUGCGCGUCUAGUGUGUACUCCCUGGCCUUCUUCCAGCCUAUCAUUCUUCGGCAGGGCAUGGGGUUCUCGUACGUGAAAGCGCAGCUGCUUCAAUCGCCCCCAUAUAUAUUCACCGUCUUCGCGUCUCUCGCGACAUCAUGGCUGUCAGAUAAGAUCCGUAUGCGAUGGCCAAUCCUGGUAGGGCAAUCUGUAGUCGCCAUUGUCGGUCUGGUGAUUGUGCUGUAUGGCGGACUCCCCGGCGUGAGGUAUUUUGGGCUGUUCUUGGCAACCUGGGGCACGCAGGGGAACAUACCCGCGACACUGGCGUACGGCAACAAUCAGACUGCGAAACUACAGAAGCGUGCAGUGGUUGCCGCAGCCAUGAUCUCCGCUGGAGCCUUUGGAGGCGUUACAGGAAGUACCAUCUUCAAGAGCAAAGAUGCACCACAAUAUCUGCCAGGCAUGUGGGCCACCAUCUCGAUGCAGAUGGUAUAUUCGACCUUGACACUUUCCAUGUCCAUGCACUUCAAGCGGAUGAACAAGCUUGCGGACGAGGGCAAGAAACCAGCUUUGGAGGGCGUGGAAGGGUUCCGGUAUGCGCCUUGA